ACAAACAGCCAUCAUAUCUACGCGCAGCGCACGUUGAGUGAACCUCCGGACAGGAUCAAUGCUCGUGUCGCCCUCUCCAAACCUCCUCUACAACAUCACUCCAACCGCCUAUCCUUGGUUCACAACAGUGGAUAAUUCAGGAGGAGUACUGGCACCAAACCCGGCCGCCGCGUUACUAUCUCCACCCAUGUGUCCUACAAACGCCUCCAGCCAAAGCCAACAUUUUGGCCCAAACCGGCCGCCCCUCCAACACCUAAACACAAGUUUUACCAUUAGCCCGCACGAAGACCCUCGGGCUCUCGGCCAGGGCCAUUCUCUCAACUCGGGGCACUGCCGCCAGCAUCAACCAGACUCGCCAUCUUCAAGCCCGGCAAGGUGGGUUUUUCGAGAUGUCCGGACGAUCACUUCUUUCAACUAACCCAGCCCUAGAUCACCCGUCCCGGGCGGUUCACCCGAGGAGAGAGAGCAACACCCUUGCCUAAAACCAGACUGCAGUAAGAUCUUCAGUCAUCUCCACAAGCUCCAGCGGCACUACCGAGAUGCCCACGGGAAGCCGCAAUAUGACUGCCCGUUUCCAAGCUGUACACGAAAGGGAACGAAGGGCUUCUCUCGAAGAGAUAACAUGCGUCAGCACCACCGAUUAGUCCAUAACAAGCCACUAGGUCCUAGCAAAAUCCCGGAGCACAGCGUAGGGGAGUGAGUGUUUGGAGUGGCACACAAGUACGGCUUGGAACUUUGUUGGUGAAUAUUUGGCUGGGGGGCUUUGGGAUAGAUAAAACGGGUUGAUUCCUUUUGCGAAUAUAGUUGGCGUUAGCUCGUUUGGCGUCUUUGGAAAGCAGGGUAUUUCUAGUUCUCCUGUGUUUAUUGUCAUCGGGUUUUUUUUUGACCUUUAUUUUUCCUUCCUAUUUCUUCUCUUUGUCUGGAUUUUCCUGCGAGUACGGCGCAUUAAUAGUAAGACUACGCACACUGAAUCUGUCUUCCCUUCCCCCUGUAACAUAGUACACUGCUUCCCCUAUUUUAUCUAGCUAGCUAUCGGCCUUGGGAAACAGGUCUUCCAUAAUCUGAUUCGCUUCUCAUAC